GGAAGAGUAAAAGCACUCUAAUUUCUUUGUUUUAUCUUUUUUUUUAGUUUAUUUUGGCUUUUGCACUGUGAAUUCUUUGAUUCCAGGGAGCAAUGAUGUUGCACAUUCUAGGAAAAAUAAAACAACAUCCUGGGUAGUUAAUAUGCUAUCCAUUGACACAAUUGUGUUUUUGAUUCUGCAUGUCAAUUAUUAUAGUUUAGAUCUUUUGCAGAUUUGGGGAGUUGAGGUAUUCUGGGUGUUGUGAUAAAGGAAGCUCUGGAUCAAAUAAUUCAAUGGCUUUUGUUAAGAGCUGCACAUCAGAGCAAAGAAUAGAGCCAAAAGCUUAAUUAAUCUCAUUAAUAAUACUUCUACAAGUGGAUUUUUACUAAAGAGGAAACAGACGCAAGGAGGAGAGGAGCAAUGAGGAAUGAUGAUGCCAUGAUUAAGCCCAAUGACUUGAGAGGACCAGAAGAGAAUCUUCCAUCUUUGACUGUCACAACAAUCUUGGAAGAUCCCUAUGUCAUGGUGAGAAGUGCAGAACUGGAGGGAUACUGCAUUGAUUUGCUGAAAGCACUUGCUUCAAUGCUUCACUUCAGCUAUAAGGUGAAGGUGGUGGGAGAUGGGAAGUAUGGAGCCAUCUCUCCUAGUGGAAACUGGACAGGGAUGAUUGGAGAGAUUCUGAGACAGGAAGCAGACAUUGCAGUGGCUCCCUUGACAGUCACAUCAGCAAGAGAAGAGGUAGUUUCCUUCACUACGCCAUUCCUGCAGACUGGGAUUGGAAUCUUGCUUCGAAAGGAAACCAUCUCUCAGGAGAUGUCUUUCUUCCACUUCCUGGCUCCUUUCAGUAAGGAGACCUGGACUGGCCUCCUAUUUGCUUAUGUGCUGACGUGUGUCUGCCUCUUCCUCGUUGCCAGGCUGAGCCCUUGUGAAUGGAAUGAGCCAAAGAAUGAAGAGAAUCACUUCACCUUCUUAAACAGCCUCUGGUUUGGAGCAGGAGCGCUCACGUUGCAAGGUGUCACCCCUCGGCCCAAGGCGUUCUCUGUGCGGGUCAUCGCUGCCAUCUGGUGGCUCUUCACCAUAGCUUUGUUGGCUGCUUACAUCGCCAACUUCACUGCGCUGCUGAGCUCUGGCAGCGAGCAGCUCUCGAUCCAGACUUUUGAAGAUCUUGUGAAGCAAAGAAAGCUUGAGUUUGGGACGCUGGACGGCUCCUCCACUUUCUACUUCUUCAAGAACUCCAAGAAUCCCAUCCAUCGGAUGGUUUAUGAAUAUAUGGACAAGAGACGAGACCACGUUUUAGUCAAAACCUACCAGGAAGCAGUUCAGCGUGUGAUGGAGUCCAAUUACGCCUUCAUUGGUGAAUCAAUCUCUCAAGACCUUGCAGCCGCCAGGCACUGCAAUUUGAUCAGAGCCCCUGAAGUUAUUGGAGCCAGAGGAUUUGGCAUUGCCACUGCCCAGGCAUCGCCAUGGACUAAGAAGCUAUCAGUUGCUGUCCUCAAACUGCGUGAAACGGGUGAUCUUGACUACUUGCGUAACAAGUGGUGGGAGUCCAGCUGCCUUCACAAAAGUAGAGAGGGAUGGAGUCCCCUGCAGCCCCAAGCUCUGGGUGGGCUCUUUCUUACUCUUGCAAUUGGCCUUGCAUUAGGAGUGAUUGCAGCUAUGGUGGAGCUGUCAAAUAAGAGCAGACACGCUGCUGGACAUAUCAAGAAAUCCUGUUGCUCCAUUUUCACAGAAGAAAUGUGCACUCGUCUACGUAUAAAGGAAAAUACAAGACAAACCCAGGAGACUUCAGGGAGGGCUAAUGCUUAAAAAAAGUCUUAAGGAAUGGGCAUAUAUUAGGGUUCUACCAUAUAUAUGUCAUAGGAGCUACGUCACUGUAGAAUGAUAUUUUUCUGCAAGACUAGAGUGUUAGUUUCCUAAUUACAAACACACAGUACUUCUGGAUUGAUGGUGGAGCUGGUUAUAGAAGAAAACCAAGCAGCUUGGAGGAAUUUAAAUUGAUAAGAGGGAGAGUGCAACUUCUAAAAUUAAGGGAGGUUAAGAUGGGUGAUCACAUCUAUGUUUAAUUUAGAAGUUUACUAUGUAAGUGCAUGAACGCCUGCAGGAGUAAGUGACUUGGGAUAGGUUAAUAUGAAGCCUCUGCAUACUAAUUAUAGAAUGAGGUGCAAUCUUGAAAAUUAAAGCUUUCAUCUGACUCUUCUGAUCAAGAAUAACUGCUUCUUAAGAUUUUAAUUUAAAUAGACUGUACUUUUGCCCUCUCCUAGGGAAAUGAUGGUGAUUACCGUGAAGGUCAUUUCUGAAUCAGAAAGGACAUUACUGAUGCGUCCAUCCCAGUAACGCAGGAUUUAACUGUAUUCUACACAAAGGCCUAAAGUCUGAGAAAAGGAAGCCUUACAGUUAAGGAACUAGAUUUAAGAGAUGUCUGUUUUCCCUCAGAAGAUCUGUUUCCUUGUAUAGCUAGAGAGGACAGUUUGUCCUAGUUAACCUGACUGGGAAGUAUUUAGGAAUAAGAUUCAUACUUAAAAGCCAAGAGCAGUAGAACACGAACACUGGCAAACAGUCAAUUAAAGAAAGCACAAAUUCAGUAGGCAAGGGUGAGUGAGUAAUGGGCAUUUUUUGUUAUUUUUUUUUGCUGUCAGAGAAGAAUCUUUGAAAUUCAUGGGGAACAGUUACUUUGGUUACAUAUUAAGUAGUUUUCUAAUUAAGCUGUUUUUCAUUUCAGAGGUGGAAUGGCUGAUGCAUGCACAUACUGUUUUGCAAAUUCAUGGUUAAAUCACUGCAUUUACAUACUGCACAUCUGACGGAGCAGGGCGCAAAUUCAGUUACUUAGAAGUGGUUUUAACUGCACUGCAUGAACAGAGACUAAUUCCUGUCUGUUCCAGCAUUAGAUAACUGAAGGAAACAAAUUAACAUGUCUGUGACAGGGAUAGAGCUGGUUGUUCCUGAAUAAAGUGUUUCAGUUUCACUUUGAAUGUAAGGUAGACUUAAACUUCUGAUUACUGCUCAGUAAUUUAGUAUGGGUGCAGCUUGCCCCCCCCCUCCCCCCCAGAUUGUUAAUAACACUGGAAGCAGUGGGAGUUAAAGAGUUCUUUAACUGUUGGUAGUGCUGUUCAGUUAUCUACUAUGUGCUCUCACAUCAUGACAGUUCUGUUUUAAAUGCAGCUGAAACAAAGUCCGUUAGAUUAGGAGGCGGAUCAGUCCUUCAACCAAAUUAACUGCAAAGAGCAUGAGACUGUUUGGGUAAGUUUAAAAGCUGACAUGGAAAAAUACGAUGUCAGAUUCACUUAGCACUUUAAAAACUAUUUGGUAUGUGCCAUGUCAUUGCUGGCAGAGUAGGCAGAGAUGUAUAAAAAAAGGUUUCAUUGACAUUUAAAUAUAUUUCUAUAUGAAUGUCUCACAGAACAAAAAAAUAAAGUCUUUUCAUCACAAAUACUGCAUCAUUAAAAUAAACACUUACCAAAAUAAACAAUGAGUGAUAUACAUAUAUAUAUUUGAGUGUGUAUACUAUAGAGUGAAUCAUAUUGUUGCUUUUUAAGUCACAAAAGCACAAUAUAAAUAUGGAAUUUCCUGUGACCUCUUUUCCCUGUUGUAAUAAAAAUACAUUCUUUACAGUUAAAGUAAAACUAGUGCAAGUCCAUUCUGCUGCUCCUGUUCACCCAGUUGACCAGAUCUGUAUCAUUUACAUGGCACUUCAUACUUGAAAAUGACACUGAAUAUUUUCCCUCCAAGGCGAUCGGCAAGCCAGGAGUUUUUGAUAACAGCAAGCUUGAGGCUCUCACACUUCAAAGCCGCGUAGUAAUUGGUGUGGAUGGCACGACCCAUGCCUUCAAUGAUAACCAAGUCUGUCUUCCGUUCUCUGACCAGCACAGCCAGACCUUUAUCCAGGCGGCUGAAAUGAGAGGUAUGGCUUAGAAAUAGUCAUCCUUAUACAAGCUGCAGCUGAAACAGCACGUGUUCUAAGGGCUUUGUCAUUUAUAGAAAACGUGGCAGGGUAUGGAAUUACCGAUGCCAAUAAAUUAUAACACCUUAAUCAAAAUAAGUGGGAUCAAAAUAUAGUUUUAAAAGCUCCAUUAAAUGUGUGCAGAAUUGGAAUUUCUGAGAAAACACAGGUUAAGUUCUGUGUCCAAGAGAGAAACGUAGUUACAAAUAGUUAACAGCAUGAAAUGCUUCUUACAGUCAAAUGGAUUACUGAGGACAUGUAACUGCUGAACACCAAAAUGAUAAAUAAGCUGUAGAGCAACUAGUAAGGCCGCAUCAAUAUUACAAGUCUGUAAAGCAGACCGAGCAGCUCAAUCAGCUUUGUGAAGGGUGGCCGAGGUACUUCAGAACACAUAUAUAGUCUCAGGUCAUCCUUCAUUUGACAAAUGACAAAUUUGCCAUUAUACCUUAGAUCUAGACAAGGAGAACUUGAACCCGUCUGGACCAACAGCAGCUUCUCUUCCCUCAGUGCGGAUCUUUAAUUAAAAACAGGAACAAACAAAAAGUUACAGUCAUGUAAAUAUGGUAAUGAGCCAUAGAGAAUAUCUAAGUAUUCUUUGCAAAGGCUUCUUUUCCUGCUAGGUAACCACCCAGAAACACACUUCCAUGAGCAGCAGGUUAUUUAGUCAGCUACCUGUCCUCUACCGGAAACAGGCUGGAAUUGAUGUAUUUUAUUUGUUAAAAAAGAAUAGAGGGAAAUAUACAACAUUUUAGUAGCUUGAGUCCUUAUCAGGGAUGAUACUGACAAGAAACCGAGAUAUAUACUAUUAAGUAUAAUUAAGAACUGCUUUCUAAAUUUUUUGUCAUAAUUGAAUCAUCCUCUGUACCUUACUUCUAGUUGCAGAUUUCAGACAGUAAUAAACACAAAUAAGGAACUAAGUA